AUUAUAAUUAUUAUUAUUAAAUAUAUAUAUAUGUAUUUAUAUUAUUUGACAUUUAAACAAAAAACAAGACUAUUAAUUGUCAAUGUCGAAAAUGUUUUAAAAAAAUAAAAAAUGGGUAAACCUAAAGAAGCUAUCAGUGAAAUUGGAUUAAAUAUUGAAACAAUUUCGCAGAAGCGGCACAAAAAACACAAGCAUAAAAAACACAAGAAGAAGAAAUUAAUCCACGAAGCGGUUCUGGGAAGUGCACUGCUAGACAGGAAAAAAAUGUUGAACCGCGUUAAGAAAGUCGAAAUUGAUGAUAGCAAGCUGGUGAAAACUCCAGCGGGUACUUCAACCUCGCCGAAAUCCAAGAAAAAGGUUUUGAAAAAUGGAAAAGGUAAGGAUAGUGGGACUAGUAGUGAAGAAGAACGUUGGCUGGAUGCUAUUGAGUCUGGAAAACUUGAAGAGGUUGACGAUGAGUUAAAAAAAAUAAAACCAAAGGAUCCAAAACUGAUGACAGCCAGACAGCGGGCGAUGUUUGAGAGAAAAACAGACACCGAGCCAAAUCCAGGAGUCGAGCAGUUGAUGUCCUUGCCUACUGGGUACAAGGAAAAAGUCAUGACCGCCGAGGCAAUUCAGAAAGCUGCGUUAAAAUCUCUGAAGCGAAAGCAGAUGGCUGAUGAAAAACGGGAAAAGGAUAAGAAAAAAACUAUGGAGAGAUUGUUGAAGAAACAAGAGUCCAAGACUAAAAUAAUGUCCAAGGGUAAGAUCAAGCGACAAGUACCAUUGGUGACUUACAGGAUCACCAUGGAAGGUUCUUCUAUUUCACUUCCUCCAGGAGUUGACUUUCCUCUGCCUCCUACUUCAAUAAAAAGAACCCCAGAAAUAAUAAAGUGCGGAGUAGACGACUGCGAAAGCCCAAAAAGAUAUUCCUGCUCUAGGACGGGAAUCCCUCUGUGCAGUCUGCGGUGUUACAAGGCAAACAUCGCCCGAAUACUAGCAUAAUCCAAUCUUUGAUUCAUUAACCUACCUCAUCAUCAUCACUUACAUCUAAUAAUUUAUAAAUGCAAUUUAAAAUCUUAAAAAUUCUAAGAAAUUAUUAAUAUCUUUCAAGCUACCUAGUUUAUAAUAUUUAAAUUAAUAAAUAAUAAAUAGUGAUAGUAGUAAAAACAAUUACCGAUUAUGACCUGUAACGGUUUACCGUUCCACGAUCUUAUGGUCAACACGGUCCAGACCGGUUCUCAUACGUGUGAAUGUACCAGUGUGCAUCAAUACUUCCAGCAGUGAUAUCCAGCAUAGCAUUAACAGUUUAUUCUUGUUCCGGACAGUGACACUAUCAGUUAAAAAAAUAAUCUAAAAUUAAUAUUCUU